CCUCCCUCCUUGACUUAGAAAAAUAAUAAUAACUACAGAGAUGUCAAUAAAGGUGAAAAUAAAGUGAAAAUUACCACCUAUAUAAUUGUCGAAAAAAGUGAAAAUAAUUACCAUCUGCAAAAAAUAUAAUAAGUAAAUAAAAAACUUUAAUGGGAUGAAACAUGACAUUAAAUGAUGGUAGUGGAUGGUAGUGGAUGGUAGUUAAGACAAUGGUAGUCUGCUUCAUAUGUAAACUUGGAUUUUGAUGAGAAACUCGUGAUAACAAAAAGAGAUCCAGCCUCAACUUUCCUGCAGACUUUACCAAUAAUACCCAGGAUAGAGAGAGACAGUGAGAGAAAGUGAGAGAGAAAGAGAGAGAGAGAUAUAUAUCAUCCCAUGUGAGUGUUGAUUUGUUGUAAGAGAAACUUCAAUGUGUGUUUUAAAGCUAGAGAUAACAGUUAUUGAGAAAGUUGCUGAAGGCAGUGUUGAUUUAUGCGUGGGUUAAUACUGGACAUUCACUGUGGAUGUAAAUUGAGAUUCGUGUUUGUGUUUGUGUGUGUGUCUUAGUCGUAAUAAAGGGGAGAGACAAUAGUUCAGAAUAAUUUAAGGAGCUUGGAUUAAGGUGGAUUAACGUGGAUUAAGGUGGAUUAACGUGGAUUAAGGUGGAUUAACGUGGAUUAAGGAUAUUCAAAUAAAUACAAAAAUAUACAAUGAUGUGUGAAGUGCAUAGUUGUGUUUAGUGAGAUGAAAAAAAUACAACUUUGAACACCUGAGCAAUAACCUGAUAUAGUAUAGAAUAUUAAUAUAAAGGUGUAAAAAAAAAAUAAUACAAUAAACGGAUAGAAAAGAAGACUAAGUGUAAAAACUCGAGAAAAACAACGAGAAAACAAGAAAAACCGGAUAAAAAACAAACACAAAUAUAUACAAAACAAAGACACGAGUACCAGUUAGGCCCAAGAUGUCUGUGGAACAACCGGACGUGAGGGAUUUACCGGAUAAAUUACUGGGACAGAUUAUCCACAACCUCCGGUCCUUCCCUAACGAGACGGUGGACUUCAGCAAACCACACCUCCGGCGUUCUCUCCAGCACGUCUUCCCUCUCUUCCUCAUCCUCUACUCCGCCUUGGUGGUGUUGGGAUCUAUCGGUAAUGCAGUUAUGAUCGCCCACAUCCUCCGUCGACGUCUUUACCGGGAUCCUACCAACGCCUACAUGAUGAAUAUUGGCGUGUGUAACUUCAUCAUGAGCGUGUUGCUGCUACCGCUGUCACUGGCCAUCUUACUCAUACAGAAUUGGAUCUUCGGUAGCUUCCUGUGUUACAUCGUGCCCAUGUUACAGGACGUACCGAUCCACGCGACAAUGGUGACGAUGGUGUUCGUGUCGAUGGAUAGGUACCGCCUGAUCCUCUACCCACACAAGGCUCGCAUCCCUCCCUUCAUCGCCGUCCUCGCCGUGUGGGUCAUCUCUGUCUGCGUCGUCCUUCCCUACGCUGUCUACAUGAACUACAUCGAUCUACAGGGGUUGUUCGGGAAGCAGUUUGAAGGUGUCGGCAUCUGUACAGUCAACCUGGGAGACGAUAUAGACGAGUAUAUCCGUGGCCUGUUUAUUGCCCUGUACGCUCUGCCGCUGGCCUUGGUGACCUUCCUACACGUGAGGAUCAGCGGAGAACUGAAGUGCAGAGAGGCACCCGUCAGCCUGGCCAUGUUAGACUCCACAUCCAGAGGCUCCCAGCAGGACGUGUGGAGCCUCCAUGAUAACUCUAGGCCCUCCUCCAGCGCCAUCUUGACGGAGAUGGAUGGUCGUGACGGGUUCCUCUACCACGACGCCCACCAGUUGCCCUCUUUCCUCACGCCCGCGCCCAUGGGGAUUGGGGGUGGUAACGGAGGAUCCCACACGCCCACGCUACUGGGAGGACGCACGCCCUCCCUACACCAACUGGAGGAGGCCGAAGUGGACGUGGUGAGGGAGAAGAGAAAUCAACGGUAUAUCGCUACUAUUGUCACCUGCUUCGCCCUCUGCUUGUGUCCUCUCAUGAUACUCAGGUUGGUGAAGAACAUGGUGCUGGAGACCUACGAUAACUCUGGUCAUUUCGAUAUUACAUUCAUCACCUUCGUAUGGGUCGCCUUCCUGCCUACCAUCACCACCCCCGCCCUCUACGCUGCUUGGAGACUCACCAGGACCACCAAAGAAAGACUGUGCAGUUAUCUUCAGUUCGGCUUUCGAGGCCGUCGUUCCGCCCACGCCCAGAACUUCACACCCAUGUUCUACUCGUGCCACGCCCGCGCCGCUCAUCGCCUCUCCUUGGAACCAGCUUUGGCCCCUUCCUCCCCACACGCCCACCACACGCCCCACCAUGGAGGACACACGUCUCGAUCAGACAACCUUCGCCCUUACUCUUUGGCUCUGCCCUCCUGAACCUACCCAGGGCAGUAAAGUGAUUGGGACCGUGUGUAUCACUCGGACAAUACGGGUACUGUACUAAUUUAGGUCAACUAUAUAAUGACUAAGACGAAGCAGAUCGAUUGCUGUCACUGUUAAAGGCAUCAGGUAAAAUUUCCCUCAAAAUCAUUAAUAGUGGUUUUUGUGUUGGAGUCCACGAGUGUUGAAGAUUGCUGGUCUUCAACUCUGUAACUGUUGAAGAUUAUGUAUUCUAAUGAAAAAUAGUUGGAGAUUAUAACACUUGGAGAAUUUCUAAUGUGUAAGACAGCAGCAAUAACACCACCAUCCGUUUUGGAGACCACGGAGACCACGAGAGAUGAGAGUACAGUAGAGAACAGUAGUUGUGUAGGAGACUUAAGUUGUCAUAAUUAGUUGUGACACCAAAAUACAGUUUAUAUAUAUAGAGUGAAACUAAAUAAAGAUACAUAUUUAUUUAUUAACUAUAAGUAACUGUUGGUGAGAAUGAUGUAGUUAGAAAUACAAACAUAAGAGAUAUUCUUUAUGCUUUAUAUUGGAAAGUGUGUUUUUAAAAGGUGUAGUGCUUCUGUUGUUGUUGCUGUUGUAAUAAUAAGAAAAAUGUGUUUAGUUUAUUACAAUUGUAUAUAUUAUGAAUAUUGAUUUAUAUAUGUAUAUGACUAUGUAUAUGUGUUUUACCCUUACUAAUACAUCCUACAGUCAUCCUCAAACAGGUUAUAAUGGUUCACACACAUGACAUUAUUGACUAUGUUUAUAAAGGCGUAUUUUAAUGUUACGUGGCGACCUAGACUCCUGUUUAUAUAACCAUCAUGUACUUUACU